CAUCCUUCAAUCAGACCAUUUCUUUAAUUUUCAUCCCUCUUCAUUUCAUUCAAACCGUCAAAACUAGCAAAAAUGGCCAAUCUACUCAUCAAAAUCAGUAUCGCAGCCAUCGCCCUCCUCGCAAUCCUCUUCCAGAUCUAUCUCAAAGAAGCAAUAUGGCUUGGUUUCGGCAUAAACAGAACCAUCCAGCCGCUCAGCUCAUUCCCCUACCAAUGCCGUAAAAUCGUGCAUCAUCGUCUUGAAGCAUGCGAGGACAUGUACUUAUCCCAAUCCACGCGCCAAUUGUUCCUCGCGUGCUCAGAUCCAAUUGCACGAAAGCAAUGGCAGCCAAAUGUUGGGUAUCGCAAUAUUUCGGGUCGAUCGCAGCGCGAUGCUAUUGUUGCGUUGGAUAUCGAUAAGCCGGUUGAUAACGGCUUUGAGUUCCGCGCGUUGAGAACACCCGUUUUCGAGGGCACUGCUGGCGAUGGACUGGUCAACCUCGCUGGCUUCUCUGGCGUUGAAAAAGCUAAUGGUGUCAUUGAUCUAUUUCUCGUCAAUUUGCGACCUUCGGUCGAUGCAGACGGAAAGCUGGCAGAUCAAUAUGUUCAUGGUGGAAAUGCCACUAUCGAGCACUUUGUCACUGGCCCCGACGCUACCCAGAUGAACCAUAUCCGCACUUACUCACACGCAGGAAUAAUUACGCCGAAUCGUGUUGCGGCGGUGGAUGAUAAGACGUUUUAUAUCAGCAAUGAUCACGGUCCUCAUAAAUUCGGAUGGCGCCAUCAUCUGUCGAUGAUUCUAGGCUUCUCCGACGUGACUUUCUGCGAUACUCAAAGCUGCAAGCGCGUUGCAUCCAAGCUCCAAUUCCCCAACGGCCUCGUCAUAAAGGAUAGCUUCCUUUACCUCCCCGACUCGAUAACAGGCCGUCUAUACAUCUACCGCAUCCCUCCCAACAGAGACCUCGAAAAGGUCGAUGAAGUUAACCUAGGCUAUGGAGUUGAUAACGCAUCGAUCGAUGAAAAUGGUGAUAUCUGGAUCGCUGCGUUUCCUAUCGGCGUUGAGAUCUUCAAGGCAUACGAUGAUCCUUAUAAUGCUCACCCGCCCAGUACUGUCCUGAGAGUGAGGAAAGUUAAAGGGGAGUAUGUUGUUGAGAAGAUCGUUGAGGAUGCGAAGGGGGAGGUUUUGCCGGCUGCUACGACGGUUGUGCAUGAUGCUAAGACUGGAAGGCUUUUUCUGAGCAGCGUCAUUUCACCGUUUAUCGCUGUCUGCGAACCAAAGUUGUAGACAUGAACUAUCCCUGGUCAUCUAUCUAGUCGAUCAGUAUCAACUCAACUCCACUCAGAUUGCAGCCCUUGCCAAUGUUUCCUAUCGCAGACUCAUUUGACUCGGCAGAGACGACCAUUGUCCUUCUGUGCCCACUUCUCACUUCCAACACAAGGAAAGCACCAAAAAACAUCAUCAGGGUCAACACUCUUCUUGAUGGCCAGAAGUUUCUCGUAGUUCUUGCCCCAAAAGGCAUGCUGCCAAUCAGGUUCGAAAGGAAGAGCCUAGUACAUAUUAAUAUCAAUUCUAUCCAAUGAUAUAGACAAUCU